CACAAAGGUGUCGCUUCUAGUAUCUUCUGUGGAUCUCCGCCGCUACAAUGUUUCUCCACUGGCUCUACUUUGCUUCAAUUUGACGUUCAAGAACAUUUUAAACAAACCAAAAUUUGGGACACUUGUGUCUAUGAAUCUGCAUAUAGUCAAUAAAACAACCGAAGUACGAAGUCCAAAGUUCAGAAGAAAGUGCCUUAAAUACAUAAGCCUGAAUUGUUUCUGUUUUGACGUAUGAACCCCAAGUGUAGACCGUGUACUCUCGUAGUAGUGUGAUUUCCGUGGUGUGUAAUUAUUUUAGUAUUAAAUAUGUUCCGAAUUGCCAAGUGUUGUGUUCAAAAUGAGAGCAAACUUUACAACGCAGCCCUCAGGAGGUUUAUUAGUACUACCUCUGUCCAAUGUAAGACUGUACAAAACGCUGAUAAAUCAUCACCAACUCAGGCCGAAAAUCACUCUUUUGUAAUGCACUUAUUUCGGGGGCAAAUUGAAAGUCGCCAGGUUUUUCCUUAUCCGAAUGUUUUAACAGACGAACAGCGGGAGACUCUCAAUAUGCUUGUAGACCCAACUAGGAAGUUUUUCGAGGAAGUGAACGAUGCCGGAAAAAACGACCAAAUUGAAAAAGUUGAAGAAAAAUCCCUAGCCGCCUUGUGGGAGCUAGGGGCUUUCGGCUUACAAGUGCCUCAAGACUAUGGCGGUUUAGGCCUAACUAACACACAGUACGCCAAAUUAACAGAAAUUGUGGGAGCGAAUGAUUUGGGGGUUGCGGUGAUGUUAGGCGCCCAUCAGUCCAUUGGUUUCAAGGGAAUUUUGCUAGUUGGGAGCCCUGAACAAAAGGCCAAAUAUUUCCCAAGGGUCACGUCAGGCGAAUUUGCCGCCUUUUGCCUGACAGAACCUUCCUCAGGAUCCGACGCGAGCUCCAUAAGAUGUCGUGCUGUGCAGUCCCCCGACGGCAAACACUACAUCCUCAACGGCUCAAAAAUCUGGAUAAGCAACGGCGGCAUCGCCGAAAUCAUGACCGUCUUCGCCCAGACCCCCGUGACUGACGCCAAAACUGGCAAAACCGUCGAUAAAGUGACAGCUUUCAUCGUCGAACGAUCAUUUGGUGGGGUCACCAACGGCGCCCCCGAGAAAAAACUAGGGAUUAAAGCGUCAAACACCGCGGAAGUGUUCUUCGAAGAUGUCAAAAUUCCGGUGGAGAAUGUCUUAGGAGGGGUAGGAAACGGCUUCAAGGUGGCUAUGAACAUCUUGAAUAACGGACGGUUCGGUAUGGCGGCGGCCAUGUCGGGAACCAUGCGCGGCUGUAUUAAAAAAGCAGUCGAAUUCGCCACACAACGAAAGCAAUUCGGCCACACAAUCGACUCCUAUGGGACCACCCAGGAAAAAUUCGCGCGGAUGGCGAUGCUCCAGUACGUUACGGAGUCCGUCGCGUUCAUGAUUUCGGCGAAUAUGGACGCUGGGUCGAAGAAUUAUCACCUGGAGGCGGCCAUUUCGAAGUGUUUUGCAUCGGAGGCCGCUUGGUACGUGUGUGAUGAAGCUAUCCAAAUAAUGGGUGGUAUGGGGUACAUGAGGGAAACCGGUCUGGAACGUGUUUUGCGAGAUAUUAGGAUAUUCCGAAUUUUUGAGGGCACAAAUGACAUUUUGCGUCUCUUCGUCGCUUUGACUGGUAUCCAGUACGCCGGGGCGCACCUAAAAGAAUUACAAAACGCGUUUAAGAAUCCCACUGCUAACUUAGGUUUGAUUUUUGGGGAAGCGUCAAAGCGGGUUGUGCGUAAGGUGGGGUUAGCGUCACCUCCGGCCAUGGAUCACUUGGUGCACAAGGAUUUGGCCCCGUUGUCUAACGUAGUGGCUAAAAAAAUCGACGCGUUUGGACAAGCUGUCGAAAUGGUUUUAAUAAAAUACGGAAAGAGUAUAGUUAAUGAGCAAUUCAUUUUGAAUAGGUUGGCCAACGCUGUUAUAGAUAUUUAUACGAGUACGGCGGCUCUAUCAAGGGCUACUGCGUCGCUUAACAACGGUCUUCCAACUGCCAAUCACGAGAAACUAAUGACGGAGGCUUGGAUUUUGGAAGCCAGUGAUAGAAUCGAUAAUAAUUUAAAAGCUAUUGCCAGUGGUAAAAGCUUAGACAAUUUUACGAAGUUGACUAGUAUUGCAAAGACUGUUUGCGAGGCAAAUGGAGUCGCACAACUCAAUCCCUUAAAUUUAUAAACUAUUUAUUUUUAUACAAACAUUGUCCACAAUAUUUUUAUGUUAAGAUUGUUAAAGAUUUUGUAAUAAAACUUUACACUAUUACUUA